GACGGCUUAGAACGUGAUCAGCAUAACCUAACCAGCUUUUCGAUUUCGUCUGCUAGGAAUUUUUCCGCAUUUCAACAAUUGUCAACAAUAGGAAAUUUCUGUAAUGAAUUCAAUUCCUCAGUUGUUUAUUUAUUGCUUAGUUUAUUGCAACUUAAAGAAAUUAGUGAUAUUUUUUAAUUUGUAAAAUACAAGUGAGGAAGAAGAGAUGAAACUCGUGAGUCGUGUUUCAUACUCGAUCUGGAAGAGGUUAUUGAACACACAGUUGAAGAAACCUAAAAGUUUGCAGUGGAUACAGCCUGAGGGAUUUAAAACAGAUAUUUCUUUGUACAAUCCUCUGUUAAAGUCUAAAAUUCCAUUGAUAUUAAGAAAUAAGAAUGUCGUUACUUGGUACAUGUGUGGACCAACAUUGUACGAUUCCGCUCAUAUUGGACAUGCUAGCACAUACGUGAGAUUUGACACGAUUCGGAGAAUAAUGUCCGAAUUUUUUAAUCUCGACGUAAUUCUCAUAAUGGGAUUGACCGAUAUCGAUGACAAAAUAAUUAGGCGUGCAAUAGACUCCAAUCAGCCAUGGAAAAACGUGACAAAGUUUUACGAAGAAGAGUUUUUUAAAGAUAUGAAGUCUUUGAAUGUUGCAACUCCUUAUAUGAGCUGCAGAGUAACGGAUCACAUACCACAGAUUAUCGAAUUCGUCGAUAAAAUUCUUAAAAAAGGUGCAGCGUAUGUAGCUCAAGACGGCUCUGUAUAUUUUGAUACAUUAAAAUACGGCAAGUAUGGAAAGUUUAAUCGAAUACAAUUGGAAACACCGAAUGCGGAUAAAAAAUCUUCUUCCGAUUUCGCAUUGUGGAAAGCAUCGAAAAGGAAUGAACCCUUUUGGGAAUCGCCAUGGGGAAACGGAAGACCAGGAUGGCAUAUAGAAUGCAGUGUGAUGGCUAGCAACAUUUUCGGAAACAAUAUCGACAUUCAUAGUGGUGGAGUAGAUCUAGUUUUUCCACAUCACGAAAAUGAAGAAGCUCAAUCCUGUUGUUAUCAUGAUACGGAUCAGUGGAUUAACUACUGGAUACAUGCUGGGCAUUUGUACGAGAAAGGAGAUGUGAAGAUGUCAAAAAGUUUGAAGAAUACUAUCAGCAUAGAAAGUUUUCUUGAAAAAUAUACCGCUAAUCAGUUCAGGAUGCUAUGCUUGAUGACAAAUUACAGAAGAGGUAUUGAAUUUUCUGAUGGUGCGAUGCAAAAUGCAGUCUCCACACUAAAGAAAAUACAAAAUUUUAUAAGUGACUGCGAUAACUACGUAGCUGGAAAACAAAAGUGCGGAUGUGUGGAUGAAUCUUCUCUAUUGCUCAGCUUGAAUGACACAAGAAAUAGAGUUCUCGAAUCUCUUGCUGACGAUUUUAACACCUUCGAAGCGAUUCAAUCGAUCGUUGAACUUGUUGGAAUUGGAAACAAAAUGUUGAAUCAAGAUUGGGAGGUUUCGCACGCCAGAAGUACAACAGCUGUUGCAACUGUUUCCAAUUAUCUAACAACUGUGCUCUCAAAAUUGGGACUUCUAGAUUCUACUAAUCUGGAAGGGACACAGUUUAAUUUAACACAAGUCGUCGAAACCUUUGUCAAAUUUCGAGAAUCAGUUAGAAGCAAAGCUUUAGAAGAUCCAAAAACGAAUAAAGAAGUUUUAAAGGCUUGUGAUGAAGCUAGAAACAAUUUGAUCGCUUGUGGGAUUCAAAUCAAGGAUCAAAAGAAUACUUCCUCAUGGUCCCUGGUGAAAAAUUAAAAGGGUGCAGAAUCUGUAUAAAAUUGUAAACACCCUAGGAUAAACAAUUAACCUAAUUUUUGUUUAAAUUAAAUUACUCGACAGAUUUUA